AUGUCACUUGAUCCUGUUUCCACAACUAUCGCAGGCCUCAAUGCUUCUAUCAAAAUAUUCGAAGUGACAUACUUGCUCAAAGCUGUUGGCGAACAGACAAAUGACCUACUCAGAACAAUUCGGCAUGUCGAUCGUGGCAUUCAGGAAGUGCAAAGGCUUUGCGAUCUUAAGAGAGACAUGAUCGACAGCCAAGAGAAAGAUUGGAUUGAAACGACUAUAGCAGAUGUCAAGGAUGCUCUAUUGGAGAUCGCGCAAUUGCUUGAGCCCGCCCGUGUGAAUAAAGCAACCACAGGAUCCAUUAACAUCAUCACGAAAACACUUUGGGUCUUUCGGGAUAGCCCAAAGGUCAGAGACAAGCAUAGUCGAUUGAGUCUUUGUUAUCAGACACUUAUUAGUGUCCUGAACGGUCUGCAAGCAAAGUGUAGGGCCGAUGCUGCGCCCGUACCCAACAAUAGCUAUGGCGGACCACCACCUCCUUAUACUACCGAGCUGGAAAGGAUGUUCACCUGGAGGAAGGAGAAGGCGCAAAGAAGGUCCUCCUCAGACGUGAAGCCGCCCGCCCUGCGUCCCGAACUCGUCUCAUCAGUCUCCGAUCAUUCAAAUUCCAUUCCUAAGCACUUGAAGCCGGAGAUGCUUGAACGUCAACUUGCACCCUCUCCUACACGCAUGUCAAGACCGCACUCGGCCUUUUCGUACGAUGAAGCCCUGUCACACCAAGCAGCACCGUCCAUGUAUUAUUCCUCCCUCGAAAGCCCCCAGAAUCUUCAAUCCUCCACACCCCACUCCAGCACCCCUAGGAAUGCCCGCCCCUCAAGCAUCGGCUUCCUACCCGUACCAAACAGAAGAUCAUCCAUGUCACCCUCCUCAGAUACAACGUACCCCCAGUGUGGUUUCAUUGGCAGUGCUGUACAGCCCUUAGCUGACAGCGAGCUGCCUCUACACGCGUCAAAUGGCAACAUCAUGCAGGAGCCACUGAUGCCAGGCUUUCCCUCCAACGAUAAUGGUCGCGCAAUCAUAAGGACAAGAGGGAAGGAAUGGCUGGCAAACUAUGCUGCACUGGAAAUGUAG